UUUACGCCCUGACCACGCCCACACGCCCUAAUGACGCCUAUUAGAUUCCUUUCUGGCACCUCCCCAGGGCCGCCUUUAGUAAGUUUGCCCAUCACGCCCACACCCAUACCCACGCCCUCCCCGUGCAGUUCCCGGCACUGCCAUGGGGGAUUCUGGUGACACCGGGGGACAUGCCGGGGGCGGCAGGGGGCCACGGCUCCCCCUGCUGCUCUCGCUGUGCCUCCUGCUGCUUCUGCUACUGCUGCUGCCCGCCUCGACUGCCUGUCCUGCUGCCUGCUCGUGCGAGGCGGCCCGCCAGGGCCUGUGGAGCAGCUUGAGGGACGUGGCCGCCCCACCCCCGGACACCAACACUGUGGCCGUCACCUGCAAGAGUGCGGGCUUGAAGGCGCCUCCUGACCAUCUGGCACUAAACGGCCUCAACUCCUCCACCGUCAUCAAGCUAGACUUGAGCUUCAACAACCUGACGGAGCUUAAACCCCGCGCCCCUCACGCCCUUCCCCGUCCUGCAGACCCUGAUCCUCGCCAACAAUAGGAUAAAAAAAAUAGCACCUGGAGCAUUUCUCGACCUUAAUCUUGAAGUCCUACACCUGGAGGAGAACGCCCUCACGUCCCUGGUGGAAGUGGAGUUACCUGCGGGACUUCGUGAACUCUCUCUU